UUAGUGAGGAAAACUGGGCGUGGCUACACCCGGUGCAGGUCCUUUUAGUGUCUGCUCGUUCUUGCCUCAGGUUGCCCGCUACCGAUCUCCGCAGAAUUUAACGGCAGAACUCGCCAUGUCGUCAGACGAAGGGAAGCUAUUUGUCGGUGGUAUCAGUUUUGACACAACUGAACAGUCACUCGAAGACGUAUUUUCCAAAUAUGGUCCCAUCAGUGAAGUUGUUAUCAUCAAGCACAGGGAGACGCAGAGGUCCAGAGGCUUCGGCUUUAUCACCUUUGAGAAUCCCGAAGAUGCUAAGGAUGCUAUGAUCGCCAUGAAUGGAAAGUCCCUGGACGGUAGGCCGAUUCGCGUGGAUCAAGCCGGAAACUCCGGUGGUGGAAGUCGUUCCGGCGGAUACAGGGGAGGCAACAGCGGCGGCGGCGGCGGUGGCGACGGCGGCGGCUACAGGGGGGGACGUGGUGGCGGAGGAGGACGUGGACGUGGAUUCUCGUAUGGCAGUGGUGGUGGAGACAGAAGCUACAGUGGUGGUGGAGGUGGUGGAAGAGCACAAGGUGGCGGAUACGGUGAAUGCUCAGGAGGUGACGAUGGUGGUUGGUAGCUCAGCUAAGUGGGUGUCGGUCUCCUAGGCAACACCCAUGUUCGCCCCCUCCCGCCCGCUCCCCCCCCACCCCCCCAACCCUUUCUCGCCUGCAACCCCCAUUUGAAUGACAGCGGACCUAGCUGGAAAUUCCGUUCUAGCGCAUCGCCGAAAGAAAAAAACGAAACCAAUUCCAUAGAUAAAGAGCAGUCCUGGAUGAGUUCAGGGGAAGGUUGGCUCCCACGUCGAGCCGUCCUCACAGGUCCUUCUCCAAGUUUUUAUAACUUUUUUUUUUCUUCUUUUUGUUCCCAUCAGGCAGUCUCAUUUUUCUAAUUGAUCUUAAUAGAACACGUUUUAUGUUAUGCCUCAAUUUAUAUUAAAAAGAACAUGAGUUUUGAGUUAUGCGUCACUUUAUAGCGUUUGGUCUCCCAUGGCCCGGGCCCAGUCACACAUUGGUUCAGGCAGAGACGAGAGCCUUGGAGUGGAGGGAAUAUAUCUCGGCUGAAGAAUUGUCAUCUGUUAGGUGGUUUUCGUAGUGCCAAUGGUCUCCCUAAUGAAGAAGGGGAAUACAUCACUGUCCUUGUUUGCACUUUCUGUGCAAGGGAAUACAAGAGGACGAGGAAAUAAAUACGCUCUUAAAGACUUUUUUUUUAUUUUCUUAAUAGUCCAGUAAGUUCUUGCACUGGUUAAUUUGGUCACUGUCCUUCUUGGUUAGUUCUGUUACUUCUUGACUCGUCUGGAAAGUACACGAGUUUUAAUGUUCUCAUCAAUGCAUUUUUUUGUGCAUGCUUACAUUUUGUUUAUUUUUCCAAAAUAAAAUCCCUUUUAAAUGUUUCUUUGUCAUCCGUUUCUUGCUUUAGC